AUGAACACCAUCGUCUUCAACAAGCUCAGUGGCGCUGUGCUUUUCGAGGAGCGAGGCGCUCCGGAGCGGGAGAGGGGCGGUCGGCCCUUCGGAGGCGGCAGUGUCCUGGACAGUCCCCUCGGCCGCCCCGAGGUGGGCCUCCCCGACGGUCCGCCCCUCAAGGACAACCUCGGCCUGCGACACCGACGGACCGGAUCCCGGCAGAACGGCGGCAAGGUGAGGCACAAGCGCCAGGCUCUGCAGGACAUGGCGCGACCCCUCAAGCAGUGGCUUUACAAGCACCGUGACAACCCGUACCCCACCAAGACCGAGAAGAUACUCCUGGCCCUCGGCUCCCAGAUGACGCUGGUGCAGGUGUCCAACUGGUUUGCAAACGCGAGGCGGCGGCUGAAGAACACUGUGCGGCAGCCAGAUCUGAGCUGGGCUUUAAGAAUCAAGCUGUACAACAAGUAUGUGCAAGGCAAUGCUGAGCGGCUCAGCGUGAGCAGCGACGAUUCUUGUUCUGAAGAUGGAGAGAAUCCUCCAGGAGACCACAUGAACAAAGGGGCCUAUCCUGCUCCAGGUCAUCACACUGUGACCAAAAGUGAGAGCUCAGCUGUCCAAGUUGGGGUGAGGCCAGAGUCACGGGCCAGCGACGACUACGUGUCACCCCCGAAGUACAAGAGCAGCUUGUUGAACCGUUACCUCAACGACUCUUUGAGACAUGUCAUGGCCACAAACACCACCAGGGUGGGGAAAACGAGGCAGAGAAACCAUUCGGGAUCUUUUAGCUCCAAUGAGUUCGAGGAAGAGUUGGUGUCUCCAUCGUCAUCCUCAGAGACGGAGGGCAACUUUGUCUAUCGCACAGACACGCCAGAAAAUGGAUCCAAUAAGGGUGACAGCGCAGCCAACAGGACGCGACCCAACAAGGACGACACAUACUGGAAGGAGAUCAACGCAGCCAUGGCCCUGACCAACCUGGCCCAGGGAAAGGACAGCGCGCAGGGGACUGCCAGCUGCAUUAUCCAGAAGUCAUCGCACAUCGCGGAGGUCAAGACUGUGCGAGUCCCGCUGGGGCCCGUGCUGCCGUUCUGA